GACUGACUAGUUCUAUGCUCUUAUCCUUGAUCUUCAUAAUCAAAGACAUUACCAUUAUUUUUAGAUACUAAGAUUAUUACUUACUCUAGAUCUAGAUUCUUAUUUUAGGAAGAUGUAGAUGAUUUAAAAUAUUUAAAUGAUUAGGUCGUACUAGUCGUAGGGUUACGGGUAGUCUAGGUUCAUCAUACAUAUUGGACGCAGAGACAGUCUAAAUAUACACCCUGAGGUCAACAAAUAAUUAUAUCCUAGGAGGGCAUGCAGUGCCUCCUCACUUUUUUUUUUUCUUCAAGGAGCUCAGAGUUUGACACAUUAGCCUCAGGCUUUGAACUGGACCUUGUAAUUUAGUUUUCAGGUGGAUCACUAGUAUAGACAGACACUGACAGGGAUUGACUGACUGACAAAUCAUGAAACAUUGCAGAUUCAAACCAUUAUGGAAGCAUUGAUAUUCACUUCAUGCUAUAGUUAAAUCUUUUCAGCUUCUGUAACAACUGGCUAUAUCAGCUGUGAGCUGUCAACUCUUACCUUGCUUUCCCUUCUAUCAGUGCCACCGGUCAUAUUUGUUUAAGAGGAUAAGGAAGACGACAAACUCCUAAUUCAUGAUGGGGACAUCGACGGGGGUGAAGAGGGAUGGGAGAAAGUUUCGUAAGGAGGUGAUCAUAGCGUGGGAGUUUGUAUCCAGCAGUGUGCGGCAGGAUUUAGUCGUGAAACUGAACCCUGAGAUGCCUAUCAGUGGUAAAGACUGGAGAAUGCUGGCCUCAAAACUAGGAUACAAUCAGAGUGAGAUCAUGUUUAUUGAGUCUGCAAAAGAACCGAACACAAGCUUUCUAUUCAAAUUAUAUGGACAAAAGCCAAACGCCACUUUGAAUGCCGUUUACAAUUGCCUGGAAGAAAUGGAGAGAGAGGAUUGCUUGGAAAUCAUAGAUGAAGCUUAUGCAGACAUUUACAGAAUGGCUACAGAGAAGAGAUAUGAUGGUCAAAGUGGAAUGACCGAAGGACCUUAUUCAUGGACAGCACCUUUGCACUGCCCUCUACAUCAAAGCAGUAUGCCAAUGAGCCCUUCGCAGUGUACAUGCUAUUGUUCUGCCCAGAGUUACCAUCCAAUGCCUCACCUACCUGCAUUCUUUCACCAGAACCAAAGAGCCUUCGCUUCUCUCCCCUCCCCUCAACAAUCGCCAACAGAUAAAUAUCGUCACCUUACGGCACAGCACAGUCGUCCCCAGCAUGGGUCCGUUUCUGGAGCUUUACACAACAAUAUAAGUCCCUUUGACAAUAGUAACAUCAGCGGCAACUAUAACAGUCAAGACAUGAUGGACUCUCAGACUAAAAUGGCAAGGCAACAUUCUGACGAGUGUAAUGAGGCACAGGGAUGUGUAGGAGAUGAGAGUAGGCUUUACCAGAACAUCAGUGAUCGGAAUGGCCCUUUUAGCCCUAGUAACAUGAACUUCAGGUUUCCUGGGCCAGGACAAAAAAGUGCUGAAGUCAAGAUGCAACAGAUGCCUCAAGCUGGACCACCAAACUCAAUGAAUCUUAGCCGGGGAAGACAGCUGAACACCAGUGUGAAUUAUGUUAAUGGCCAGACUUUUGGCAUGUGUCCAGGGCAAGCUGCCAAUGCUGGUGGUGGUCAGAGCCUUGCUUGCUUAAAAUCCAUGGUGGACAGUCAUGAGAAUUACAGACCUGCAGCAGAAUACAAUCAUGCACUGGAUCGAAGUAUGGAGACAGAGAGAAAGAAGAGGAAUGAUAAGGAACCCUUUGACACACUUGCUUCUUUCUCGUCAUCCAGCAGCAGUGGCUCGUCUUCAGGGAAGUCGCACCCAUCCUCUACAUUUCCUUUUCGGAUCAAGACUAAGACUCCAGUCGAGGACUUGUCUCAGCUUACCAUUUCCAAAAAAUCAACCUCAAUGCCACAAGAUAUGAAACCUGCUGAGUAUCGAAAAGCUUUUAGAAACACUAAAGUGUUUGUGACUUACAGUUUUGAUAAUGAAAUUCAUGGGAAACAGGUGCUCUCCCUUUGCAAGUUCCUUCAGACCAAUGGAUUUGCAUGCUAUGUGGAUGUGAAAGAAAGCAAGGAGGAUAACUCUGUUGGAAACAUCAUUGAAUGGUGCUCUAAGAAAAUGUCAGAGAUUGACAAACGUCUGCUAUGGGCUGAUUUCAUCUUGGUCUGUGUAUCCCCAAAAUACAUACAAGACAUUGGAGAUGCUGGCAGCAGGAGAAACAAAAAUCUGCCUCAAGUCAGUGAACGCAAACUUCACACCAAAGAAAUUUUUAGCCUGAUGGAAAACGAACAUUUGAAAAGCAACGGUAAUGGUGCAGCCAGGCAGGUUCAGAUUGUACCACUGAUGUUUGGAGGCAUGCAGCCCACUGGCCUGCCAACCUGGAUGACUGCCAACCGGCCUGUGUACAGGUGGCCUGAUCAAUACCUGGACCUUGCUUGGCUGCUUACUAAACCGCAGGAGCGGAUAAAAGAGUCCAGACGCUGCAUGGAUUGACUUACAAAUACACAGCUGGAAGCCAAAAAAUGUUGAUUGUUGUUUUAAAAAUCUUUUUUGUCAAUUAUGUUGAUAUGCUGUUGUUUCAUUAUUAGUUGACCAUACACUCAUACAAAUGUUAUUUAUAAAAUUUAUUUUUCUUGUUAUCAAUAUAAGAGAAAGAUCUAACAAAUCUUUUUUUUUUUUCCUGUUAAUAAAAGUGUCCUGAAAGAUUACCAUCUUUUUAAUGCUUGAAAUGGAAGUCGGUUGUAUAUUAUCCAUUAGUAAAUGCUUCAAUGUUGAAAUGCUCUGGUUCUACACUAGAUAGAAGCUUUUGUUUUGUACUGUUGAUAGUUUAGAGUUUAAGAAACUGUUUUGCAUUUAUUCAGCUAGAUGGUCUUUUGUAAAGAGUAAAAUGUUGAAACAAAAGAAGGCAUCUUGUACUCUUGCUACUUGUAGUUCCAUGUUAAAAAUUUUUUUAAUGUUAUUUUGUCUGUGAUUGCAAUGUACCUAUGAUUCAAUUUUUUUUAGCUUUCUAAUUACAAAUAUGUGUUCUAAAAACUAAUUUGAUGCUUUAGGUUCUGUCUACAACUAACAACUGUUUACUACAGACCAUGUUUUGUCUGUCUUGAUCACAUUUUUAAGUACUGUCAGCACUUUCCUGGUUUACUUACAGCUUGUAUAUAUGUACCAAACAUUCAUCUUUACAUGUGUGACAAAAACCUUCAAGGUUGACUCACUAUUGCUCUGUAUUUAUUUUGUACGCAUUCUUCUUAACUCUCUUUGUGAACCACACAUGUACCGGUACUCAUUAUUUUUUGGAGUCGUGGCUCUUUAAAGUCCAACAAGAUUGAUGACUUUUUCUUAAACUGACAUUUUUUAAAUUAGGUUUGUAGUUUUUCUCAGUUCUCUAAAACAGUCUGUAAGAAUCGUAUAUCUAAAAGUACUUAUAAAAAGAAGCUGAACUAUAUAUCUCAUAUUAUCUCUGUCACAUUACCUUCAUGAAAAAAACAAUUUCCCUAGUGCCUUGUCCACCUCCCCACCUUGUUCAAUGCAUAAAAUGGCAGCAUCUCGGAAGUCACUGCCCCAAACACUGAAAGAUUUGUAGAUAGAUAGACUCAAACUUUUUUUGACCUGGGGACUCCUUUAUAUAGUCAAAACAUGCCCACAGACCCUUAAGUGAAAAAGCUACAUAAAUGCUUAGUAAGGCUAUUCAAGUUACAAAAGCGAAAAAUAAAAAAUUUUUAAGGGCUGUCAAUUGAGAUUAUAACUUUUUUUAAAAGUAAUUUUGUUUUUAAUUCAUCACUUGGAUGAAAUUGAUAAGAUUUUAUGAGUGUAUUUAUGUCCAGGUCAAUGUUUGUAAGUAGGAGCUGCAAAUCUCAACGAUCACAAAUUUCUAGUUGGUUUCUUAUAUUUGUGAUGAGGUUCAUUGCAGCCAUGAAUCCACGCUGUACCAAAUAAGAAGUCAACAACUUCUGUACAAUGACUCCUAAUGAAGGAUCUAAUAUUGGAAUCUGCUUUUUCUAACCAGAAUUUUUGAUAUCCUUUGUUCAAAUAUUGGUUAAUUUUCAUCAGUUGUGAAUAUUUCAAUAAGCUACUCCUGUAUUAGUAUGGACUUAUCUGUGAUUAGGAUCUGAAUUUGUCCAAGGGUUCAUUGCCUAGUCACAAAUAUCCAAGUGUUCAAGUCUUUGGUUAAGGUUGUCACAUGUCUUAUCUUAUCAGAUGAAAUGUCUUUUAGAGAGGAAGUUAUUUUAAUUGUAUUCAAUUUUCAUCUUUCUGCAGACCACUGUUUGAGAACCCCUGCUAUAAACUAUCUAAGUUUAUCAAUAUCUUAGACAUGACGAACAGGAAAUAGUUGGCUGCACAUCAGAAUUAUCUCAUUUUAUUCUUUCUGGGGAAUUAGAUUUAUUAAACAGUCAUUUGCUCGUAACCCAUCUCGCAGUUUAGGGAAUUUUCAGUUCUAUUUAAUUUCAACUUUAUUGUUUAAGAGUCUGUAAGCUUAAUCUGCUUAGACCAUAGAAAGUCAAUCGAAAUGCUAUCUAUGAGGAUCCCAGUGCUGAAUAGAUAAAACUAAAUAGAAUCAAACGUUAUUUCAUUACUGUUUAAUAUUGGGAACUUUUUUUUCCCCAUUCUAAAACCGACAUGGACAGGUUUUAGUGUACACUUUAAAAGUUUGCAGCACUUGAAGUUAUUUUAUAUAAGAAAUAAUAAUAAUAAUAAUAAUCUUUAUUAUCCGUAAGGAAAUUUGUCUUACAACUUGUGCAUUACACCAAACAAAAAACAUUAUAACUAUAAGAAACCAAAGUGUACAUUCACACCAGAUCCUUCUUAAUGUGGUUACCAAAGUGUCUAGAAAGCCUGCCAUCAUAGGUUUUAAGUUCAAAUGUUUAAGUCAAAGAUCUGUUUGGGAUGAAUUGUUUUACAAGCACAUGACAGAAAAGUCCCAUGUUGAAAAACAUGCAGAGAACUGAAUGCACAAGACUGUACAGCUCAGUAGCUUAGAAAUCUGGCUAUAAGAAGAAAUCGAAAGCAUAAGAGGCAGCAGAAAAAACCCUGACAGAUACUCCUCCCCUAUAAAUGUCCAUAAAUGCAAUGCAGACCAGAGUACAUGAGCUUACCAAAGUACUAAUAAUUUUAUGUCUGCUUGGAGAGUACAAAUCAUCAUUUCAAAUUCCCUUCAUCUCCACCUCACCUGGUUAAGAUAGGUCUAGUUAUUGUCUAGAAUGGUAGAACUUCUGACUUAUAGUAGAGAAAGAUACAAGUGUCAAUGUUGUUAUUUAAAAUGCCUGUUACCAUGUGCAGAUACUUCUCUUAUUGAAAUAACUAUUGAGCAGCUAAAAAGAUACAAAAAGGGCAAAGACAAAUGAAAGUAGUUGUCCAGAAAGUGUCAAUGUUAAUUCAUUCCUCAAAGAAUUGUUUUAAGAACCAUUUCAGCCUGUUGUGUAUAUUUUUUUGUUGUUCCUUGAUAAUUAACUUUUAAUUUAAGCAUGUUUCCAAAAUUGUUGGCCUCAUUUUUAGCUUAGAACAUAUUUUUGUCCUGUCUCACAGACACUUGAACAUUUUUAUUUCUGCAUUAUCCAGUUGGUUCAAGCAGUUUCUUUUUCUUUGUUGUUCCAUAGACUGACCAAAAUGUUGAAAUGGAAAACAGCUAGAACAGCCGGUUUAAUACAGUUUCUUUUUCUUUGUUGUUCCAUAGACUGACCAAAAUGUUGAAAUGGAAAACAGCUAGAACAGCCGGUUUAAUACAGCAAUCUUAUCAGUAUUUUAUAAGAGAUAGAAAUGUGACGCUUCAAUGGACAUGUACUUGAAUGUUCAAGCUUUUUCACAAUUCAUUGUUUUUAUUGUUGCCUUUUGUUCAUAGUGAUAGAUUUUAUAUAUAUUUAUUUAUUUUUUAAUCUCAAACCUGGCACCAAUACCAAAUUAGCAUAGUCUAAAUAUAGAAUCUGCCCAAAUCAUUUCAUUGUUGUAAGCACUUAGAAAGUCAUUGUUCUUUCUUCCCCCCAUCCCUCCACAGAAUAGUUGACUUACCAUUUAAUUGAAAUCACUUUUUGUUUUGAGCCCUCAAUGCAAAUUUGAUUGUACACUUUUGUAUGGCUUCAUUCAUUGUUUUAAAAUUCAGAUAUUUAUUAUAAGUUGUGCACUUGAGCAUCUGGAAACUAAUCUGUGGAAGUCUAUGCCUCGAUGAAAUAUUCAAACACAAAUUACCAGUUAAUAAUUUUGACAUCUUGCAGUUUGUAGUAAAAUGUGCAUUCAAUUUUCUUUAACACUACACUCAAAUUAAAAAUAAAUAAUUGCAUUUGGUCACUGAUCAGAUGUAUUGUGUUAACAUUUGACCAUUUGUCAGUAGAUUCUGUUGGAAUAGAGUUGGACAUUAUUUAAUUCCAACCAUUAGUAUUAUUUUAUUUUUCAAGUUUUGUUUUACGGUUUAUCUAAAUGUAUAAAAAAUGUUUAAACAUGCUUUGUUGUUUUAUCAUUUCUUUACGAUCAUGACAUGCUCUCUCAAUGGCUGUGUCUGUAUACCAUUAUUGUAAGAACUUCUGGCUGUUUCAAUAUGUUUUUUCUUAAGUCAGUCUUAUUGUGUAUAAUUUCUUGUUCCAUCUUCUGGCUCCGUGUGUAUGUAUACUUUGUCUUCUGGCUCUGGUAACAGCUGUUCAUUUAUACUUUGAUGGCCCAGUGUUUCUGGCAAUUUAAAUGGCAGUGUGUAUAUCUCAUCUUUUUUGCUUGCCGCGUGAUACCGAUUGUGCCAUUUAUCAAAAUAUAUUUUUAAUGUGUAAAUAUUUCUGUAAUAUUGUAAAGACAAAAAGAAAAAUAAAGCAACUGGUAAACUUGU